AUGCCCCAGGCCCUGUCUCCCGCAGGCAGGCAUUGGACGAUGGUGGAGGCUCAGAAAUAUGUGGUGGUGACUGGAGCCAGUUCAGGCAUCGGCCUCGGCACAGUACGGGUGCUUAUCCAGGCAGGGUACCACGUCUGCGGCAGCGUGCGACGGCCGGCUGACGGGGAGCGCCUAGUCACGGAGUUUGGCGAGUCAUUCACCCCCCUGCUGUUUGACGUCACUGAUCAGGCAGCUGUCAAGAAGGCAGCCGAAAAGGUCAGGGAAUUGCUGGGAGGCAAAACGCUGUUUGGACUGGUCAACAACGCGGGAGUGGCAUUCCACGGGCCGUUGAUGCAUCAGCCCAUCGCUGAAUUUGCGCGCAACGUUGAGAUCAACCUCACCGGCACGCUCAUUGCGUUCCUGCCGCUGCUGGGCGCUGACCGGACGCUGACCGGACCUCCCGGCCGCAUCAUCAUGGUGUCAUCCAUCGGCGGGAAAUUCGCCGCGCCGUUUAUUGGCGCGUACGCCGCUUCGAAGCACGGCCUUGAGGGAUUGUCCGAGAGUCUUCGAAGGGAGCUCAUGCUCUUUGGCAUCGAUGUCAUCGUUGUUGGCCCGGGGGCAGUGGUGACGCCGAUUUGGGACAAGGCAGAGGCGCAAGAUAUCAGCGCGUAUGAUAAUACUCCUUACAAAGAUGCUCUGGCCAAGUUUGCCAAAAUUAUGCUGGACGACGGCCGCAGCGGCCACUCACCUGAACACAUUGGCAGGGGCAUCGAAAAGGCGCUCACAGCGCGGCGGCCGUCUGUGCGCUACGCCAUUGUGGCAAACAAAUUUCAGAGGUGGACUCUGCCACUGCUGCUGCCUGUGAGAUGGGUUGAUUGGCUCAUGGCCUCAACUCUGGGGCUGCUGUACAAGAAGCCAGCCAAGAAGCUGGUGCAGACAAACGGCAAAAAGGAGUAA